AAACUAAGAGCUUCUACUCAAAACCAUUUGCUUCUUUCUGCUAAUUAGAGAGAGAGACACACACAAUGGGUGCUAACGUUUCUUCUCCAGAGCAGAGAUUUCAGGUAACCCACUUCCGUUCAAGGAAGCCAUGGACACCUCAACCUGAGGUUUAUCCUUUCAAAGUCAACAGUCCUUGUAUUGUGGAGAUCAAGAACAUGAAUCAGUGGAAAUCUCGGCUCAACGCUCUUAAUGACACCAACAAGCUGCUGGUGAUUGAGUUUACAGCCAAAUGGUGUGGACCAUGUAAAUCCCUUGAACCAAAGCUUGAAGAGUUGGCAGCUAAGUACACCGAUGUUGAGUUCGUGAAGAUUGAUGUCGAUGUAUUAAUGAGCGUAUGGAUGGAGUACAACCUUAACACUUUGCCUGCGAUUGUAUUCAUGAAAAGAGGAAGAGAAGUAGACAGGGUUGUGGGUGUGAAGGUUGAUGAGGUAGAGAGGAAACUCCACAAAUAUACACAAUCCUUCUUCUAAAAAGAGAAGCUUUCAAUUACUUAACAUGUCAAACAAAACUCCUCAUCACCUUAUGCCAAGAAUAUAUAUAUAGUUUACUACUAUGUAUAAAUAAAUGUUUGAACG